AUGUCCAAUUCUACCAUGGUUGUGGAGUUUCUCUUGAUGGGCUUUUCUGAUACAGGGGAACUAUGGAUUAUGCAUGCCAUAAUCUUCUCUCUAAUGUAUUUAGUGACACUCACUGGAAAUUUUGUCAUUGUUUUUGUCACCAUCCUGGACAGCAGCUUUCACACCCCUAUGUAUUUCUUUCUCAGGAAUCUCUCCAUUUUAGAUAUAUGCUACAUUUCUGUAACUGUCCCUAACUCAUGUAUCAACUCUCUGCUUGAUAGUGGUAGCAUUUCAAAGGUAGGAUGUAUAAUUCAGGUCUUCCUAGUGGUUUUCUUUGUAUAUGUGGAGCUGCUCUUCCUUACCUUCAUGGCCCAUGAUCGCUAUGUGGCUAUCUGCCAGCCUCUUCACUACUCUGUGAUCAUGAAUCCUCAGGUCUGUAUCCAAAUGACAUUGGCAUCCAUCCUCAGUGGCUUGGUCUAUUCAGGAUUCCACACAGGCAACACCUUCAGGCUUCCCUUUUGCCAGUCCAAUAUUAUUCAUCAGUUUUUCUGUGAUAUCCCCUCUCUGCUGAAGCUUUCCUGUUCUGAUACCUUCAGCAAUGAGAUUAUAAUCCUUGCCUCCAGUAUAGGAAUUGGUGGAAGCUGUUUCAUCUUCAUCAUCAGGUCGUACAUUUACAUCUUUUCUACGGUGCUCAAGUUCCCAAGUGGAGCAGACAAAGCUUUUUCCACCUGUAUUCCUCAUAUUCUAGUGGUGUCAGUCUUCCUCAGCUCCGGCUUCUAUGUAUACCUAAAGCCAUCUGAAAACUCUGCAACUGUCCAAGAUAUAGUUCUCUCUGCAUUGUAUUCCAUAAUCCCCCCUCUACUCAACCCAAUUAUCUAUAGUCUUAGAAAUGAACAAAUAAAGCAUGCCAUCAGAAAAAUCAUGAAAAAUAAAUUUCAGUCAAGAAAUGUAUAG